AUGUCCUCCAAAAAGAUGCCAGAUACUGAAAAGCGUCCCGGAUCGGCUGAUACGAUGGUGUUGAUUCUGAAGCAUCGGGUAGAGGACUACAGACUAGUUUCGCCUCAGUUUCCAGGAACCAAAAACGAGCAGCAGGCCUACAGGAAAAAUAGAGUGAUCCAAAUGCAGCUGAACACAUACCUGAACGAGGUCAGACUGCAGGAAAAGCGUUCUGCCAGCAUCUACAAGACGGAGAAGCGAAGAUUUCUUCAAAAAAGUUCAAAACCUCCCAGCACUCCAGCAUCAGUUCAAAUGAUUGAACGGUUCAAGAAGUUGAGACAAAAGAAAUUUCCCACAACCGUGAGAGGCACACAAGAAAUUCAGACUCUAAAAAGAAAGAAACAAUUGGAACUCAUUGCAGAACUUCAAAAGCAUCAAAAGUAUCUUCAAGACAAAGUGAAAAGUUUUGUUUUGUUUCCAGACGACAACCCAAAGCCGUCUGCUUCUACACAAAACAUAAAUGGAAUGAUUGACAACAAAUUUAGUACCACUAAUGCAACUUCUACCAUGUCGGCUUUGGAAUCAAAGGCUCAAUUUCCUUCCAUCAAUAGAAACUGCGAAGAUGACACAAAACAAUGGAAAGAUUUAAACCUAGAAAAACCAAGCUUAGUCUUGCCUAAUAUCACUAGUAGCCAGAGAAAGAUGACCAACAAGGAAACUUUUGGAACUCUUUUGAAUGAAGCAACGAAUGAUCUAAGUCAUUUCGUGUUAAAGGCUUGUGGCCGGGAUACACAAUCAAAUUCCAUCCUAGAAGUCAAAUCAAAAGGAAAACUUCCAAGCGCUGAUGCAGGCAAGUUCACCUCAGGUUCAAGGCCUUUAGUAAGACCCAACACUAAAUCUCUACAAAGAAAUAGCAUCGGCAAAUUUACUCAUUCAGUUGAUGUGUCUGAUUUGGUAGAGAAUCACAAUUGA